UUUUUAUCUCUCUUUACUUGUUUUUGUUCCUGACAAAACAAAAUUACCAUUCAAUUCAAUUCAUAUGCAACAAAAAUGGCCAUGCCGAGAACUAGGUCGGGCCGAACGACGUCGCUCCGUGAUUCGGAUAUGCGGCUGUCCGAGUCGGACAGAAUUGAGGGGGCCGGUAGCUGGGACGCCAUUGAGUGGACCAAAGUUGAUCCGGUUUCAAGGUCUGUGCCCCUGGGUUUGCAGCAGUUCUUGCUUGAAGGGGAGCGAGUUAUAGUAGAGGAGAAGUGCGGUAGGGCAGUGGAGGGAAGUUGUUUAAAAUUUACUGCACAUAUGUUCAACCUCCGAAAGAUUAAAGUUACAUCUGGAAGCUGGAUGUUUGGAUUAAUUAGGUUUAUGAUUUACUUCCAGGGUUACGGGGUUGUGCUUGUUAAUACUGAUGAGGCAGGAACAUUAUUUGUUACGAACUUUCGUCUUCUUUUUCUGAGCGAUGGAUCUAGAAGCAUUAUAGGACUUGGCACUAUACCGUUGGCAACAAUCGAGAAGUUCAGCAAAAGUGUUAUGAAACUUCCAUCUGGCCCUAGACAAGUUGAUAAAACUCCAUCUCAACGACUGCUUCAGGUCAUUGGCAGAGAUAUGAGAAUCAUUGUCUUUGGAUUUCGGCCUCGGACAAAACAGAGGCGUGCUGUAUAUGAUGCCCUAAUGAGGUGCGCUAGGCCAGCUAGAAUUUGGGAUCUCUAUGCUUUUGCUGUUGGGCCUUCAAAAUUCAGUAACACAAACCCUCAGGUUAGGCUAUUGAAUGAGUACUUCCGUCUUCUUGGACUAGGAUCACAUCAUGCUACCACUAGAACAAUCGAAGACGGCUCAUUCACAUUGUCCAAUGAAUGGUGGAGAAUAAGCAGUGUUAACUCUAAUUAUGCAAUGUGUCCGACCUAUCCAUUUGCGUUGCUUAUUCCAAACUCCAUGAGCGAUGUAGAGAUUCAGCAGGCCUGUACCUUCCGUGCACGUUGUAGGUUGCCUGCAAUUUCCUGGUGUCAUCCAGUCGGACUUUGGUGGGCUGUAGGAACUGGAGCUGUUCUUGCACGUUCUUCCCAGCCACUUGUUGGCCUCAUGAUGAAUAUGAGAAGCAAUGCUGAUGAAAAGCUUGUCGCUUCUCUGUGGACUCAACUUGCUGGAAUCAAGGAACGCAGGAGGAAGCUAUACAUUGCUGAUGCAAGGCCUCGUAAAAAUGCUCUCGCAAAUGGAGCAAUGGGUGGUGGAUCAGAGUCGUCCGCCAAUUAUUCUCAGUCUGAGAUAGUCUUCUUUGGGAUAGACAAUAUACAUGCUAUGCGAGAGAGCCUUGUCCGACUUCGAGAUUAUGUGGACACUCAUGGUGCCAAUUCAUCCGAUGGAAUGUCUUCAUAUUUGAGGCAUGGAGGGUGGACGUGGGGAGGAGGUAAUCUCAGCAGUAUGUCUGCUUCAGUCUCAACUCUUGGGGACAGUGGUUGGCUGAUACAUGUCCAGAGUGUUUUGGCUGGUUCAGCAUGGAUUGCUGCUCGUGUUGCUCUGGAAUCUGCCACAGUGCUUGUUCAUUGUAGUGAUGGAUGGGAUAGAACAACUCAGUUAGUGUCCCUUGCAAGUUUGUUGCUUGAUCCAUAUUACCGGACAAUCCAAGGUUUUCAGGCACUAGUAGAGAAGGAUUGGCUUGCAUUUGGGCAUCCAUUUUCAGAUCGACUUGGAAUGCCUACUGUAUCAGGAAGUGAUGGCCUUCCUGGUGAAUUUGCACGACAAGCAUCUACUGGGAGUAUACCUUCAUCACCAUUGCGCCAAUCAUCUGGCGCAUCCACACCUCAUUCAACAUCUUCGCAUGCACAGAGCCAGUCCUCACCAAUUUUUUUGCAGUGGGUCGAUUGUGUUUCACAACUUCUACGAAUGUAUCCAUUUGCAUUUGAGUUCUCCUCGGUCUUCCUGGUAGAGUUGGUGGAUUGUGUGCUUUCCUGCCGUUUUGGGAAUUUUCUCUGUAACAGUGAGAGAGAAAGGCAGCAAGCUGGUGUUUAUGAUGCGUGCGGGUGCUUGUGGAUGUAUUUAGCUGAUCUGCGGACUUCAGAUGGGAGAUCACAUAUACAUUAUAACCACUUUUACGACCCAUCGAAAUUUCAAGGUCCAUUACUACCUCCAGCGGCAGCUUUAGCUCCAACACUUUGGCCUCAGUUCCACCUUCGAUGGUCUUGCCCAUCAGAAGCCCAAGCUGGGGAGAUUGAAGCUAAAGAGUUGGCGGAGGCAAAAGUUAAAGAAACAGAAGCCACUGUAGAGUCCUUGUCAGUGGAGCUGCGAAAUGAGAAGCUCAGCAACAGCUCAGCAAGGGAUUGGGUGAGGAUAACCAAACGAGAAACAGCCGCCAUAAAGCGGGCCGUGCAAUCUUUGGGCUGCAAAGUUCACUUCUCUGAGGAUGGAGAUUGCAUUGUCAGCAUCGAAAACAAUGCUACAGAGAUUCCUCAUAAACCACUCUUUUCGGUGUCUGAGAUGCAGUCGGGUGGUUAUUUUCAGCACGACGAGCAGUCAGAUAAUAAUACCGUGUCUGGUUUUGCUCAGACGCCACGUGAUGAUGUGGAUGAUGAUGAUUCGGGAAGUCCAAUGAAUAGUGUCUGUGAGUCUUUGUGCCCAUUACGUACGAGGGAUGGAGGGUGUAGAUGGCCGCAUGCUGGUUGUGCUCAGUUUGGAAGUCAGUUUAUCGGUUUGAAGGCAAAUUUUGACGCAUUUGACCGGCUUUCUAUAUACGAUAGCUAUUUUGAGCCGCAAUAAAGGAUUAUGGACCGAGGCUGAAAUGCAGCAUGACCCUUUUCCCUAUAAUAUCUAACUGAUAACUGUUCCAUUGGAGCUGGAAAAAAAUUUGUCCGUGAUUUUUUUUUUCUUUUAACACAGAUUUCUUGAAUAUUGGAGUUAUAGCAGGUACCUUAUAGAGAAUGAAGAAAUAAAAACAUAACUGAAGAACGCCAGGUCCUGAUGUUAGAUGUGGGUCUUGGGAGUGUAUAUACCUGAACAUCUCCAGAGAUAAAUUAGUUCAUUGUAUUAAAUAAAUCACUUGGUGUUUGGCUGAGAUGAUCUGAAGCCUCAAGGCAUUUGGAUUUUGCUGCUGUGAGCUGCCAUUCAUUUGCUCACACAAGUAGGUAGUGACAUUGUAUAUAUUCUUAAUUUGUUAAUGUUCUGGUAAAUGCUGUAAGUAACCUUCAUUAUUGUACUCGUCUCAGUUAUCUAAUAAAUUAAAAUUUUGGAUUGGUUUUUGUGUUCUAUGAUCUCUGUUAUAAAUGGUUUUGUUGAUUAUGAAGGUUCGGAUGGCAGGAGAUGAGAAUUAAGAUGGUAUAGAA